AUGCGCUCAUCAUCACCUUUGAGCCUGGGGUGGCUCGCCUUGAUUGGAAUGGCUUCUAAAGUCUUCUCUCAAUCGGCCAUCGUCAUCCCAAUUACAGUAUCAGGGAGUCCAGGCAUUGCCACAAUCACAGUCCCAAUCGCCUCCGGUACUAUCCCACUCACCGCUGGCAUUAGCAUCAUUCCCACGCCGUCACCCGGAACAGGAGAAAACAUUGCACCAAUUACGUCGGAGCACAACCCAGGCAAUGCACCGGAUGUCUCAUCAUCUGCUCUAGGAGGGACUCCAGUCACCGAUUACCAGAGCGUCUGGCCUUCCUCCGAAUACCCCUCUAGCACUACCCCGUGUACUUCAUAUUCCGACUUCACCGGCAGCGAAAUUGGGCCAGGAUCCUCCCUUACUGGAGAGUCAUCCAAGUCCGAUGUCUCUAGCUCUGAUGCCUCUUCUACCGCAGCUGCUAGUUCAUCCCUCGCAACCGCUUCUGAUGCACUUUCCUCUGCUACUUCGGGUAUAGUCGAGAGUACAAACGCUCCGAGUGGGCUACAAACGUCGAUCAUCACACCUACUGGUCCUUCCACAAUACCUUCGUCCAGUCAAACAAACGUUGCCCCUCCUGCCCCGACGGCAAACGGUGCGAAAUCACACCGGACAAAUUGGGGAUACGGUGCAUUCGCCAUUGCCAUGGCGCCUUUAUGGAUAUUUUGA